AUGGCAGGCGAUAAUUGGAGAGAUGGGAUGUUUGCGAUUCACAAUAUUUCCCUCGUCUGCAAAGCCUUCCACGAGCAUUCCUCAUCGGUCCUCUUCAAGGAUGUUUCCCUUUCUCAAGGUAAUGGUCACUACCACAGUCUGGUUCUAGCUUGCAAACAGAUUGAGAAUCUCUUCAGCCUUAUUAACACUAAUCCUGGUCUCGCGAAAGGUUGUAAGAGUCUCAAGUUCAGCCUACCAUGUACAGCUCCAGAGUUAGGCCGCGCAGAAACAAAUCCGGACUGGCUUUUAGCAAACAGACUUCUGACGUCGCUGCCACAAGUCCAAAUGAUCGAAAUCCAUGGUGGAUUCGGGUAUCGACCCUCUUGGCUAGAAAUAAGCCAGUUGCUCCGCUCCAUGAGCCACCUCAAGAGCCUCAAAUUUGGUUUCGUCAAACUCGCUACUCGAGCCUUCCCUCCCACAGAGCAACGCGAUUUGUACCUGCCCGAUGUUUGGAGAUGUGUCCAGGAUUUGGAUUUGCGGAGUUUGGAGCUCGAUGGGAUACGAUCCGAGCACAACAUAAGCCUUUGGAAUAUGUCAAAGGAGCUGGUGAGAACCUCCCCUAUCAUCAAUAUUUCUCUCGAGGACUUUGGCGAAACACCCAAAGCCCUAAGGACCCUUCUACGAGGGCCAAAAGCCUUGGAGCAUUUCGCCUUCCACAUUAGCAACGCUAACCGCGCUUCUAAGCUCUGGUCACUUGAAACUCUUCGAACUCUCCUCUACGAUCACUGUCACUCUCUGAAAAGCAUUGGAAUCAGUGCAUUAUCCAAAGAGAAAUCCAUCAGCCCCUUCAAUACUUCGAGCAACUUCCAUGGUUUCCCAAAGCUAGAGAAGCUGACCAUCUCCCCACGGGACAUGGAUGCCAAUGUCACUCCCGAAAUCGCACAUGGCUUCGCUUCCAAUCUUCGGCACUUCAUCUGGGAUUUCACCCUCCUAGAGCGAGAACCUUGGCACGCUUUCGGUAAGGACCAAAGAGACUGGCUCCUGAAAUUCGCAAAGCUUGCAAUUGAACGUGGGGCGACACUACGGAAAAUAGAUAUCGUCUUUACUCCUUCAGACGAAAUAGGAAUGGGGGAUGUUAUUCGGGCGCAAAUGCAGGACUUUUGGCCGUGGGAUCUUAUGGACGAGGUGAGAGAUGCUGUUUGUCCGCACAUCGAACUCGUAUACAAUGAUCAUGUGUCUAAGGAGCAUUGUGAAAUGCUUAUAGACUCUUACAGAGAAUAUGUAGCUGGCUACGGCAAUUUUUGA